ACCCCUUCGAGUUCAUCCUAGAUUGGUCGGCCUUCUACAUGCUCUUCGUCCUCCUCCUCCACUCCCUACCCUCCUGGCGUCCCCUGGAGCUAGCCCUAGCCCUCAUCCCAGUGGGCAUGGUCAACACCAUGGGCCAUUGUGCCUACCACCUUCCCCCCUUGGUCUUUGUGCCUCUCUCCUUCGGCAUUCUGCUCACUCCUUGGGCUCAGCGCCCCACCACGCACUUCCUCCACCACCUGGAUCCUCGCUAUAAUCGGUCCCUGUAUUUCACUUGGUGGGAUCGGAUGGUGGGAACGUUCAAAGAUGGGGAUAAGGAGUUCCGUGCAAGGAAAUGCAUGCAGAAUGGGAGGAAGGAAGAGUAG